AUGACCAAGCUCGGAUUCGUCGUUCUCGCUGCCCUGGCUGGCAGCGCCGUCGCCGCUCCCUCAGUUCCUGCUGAAUCCCACGAUGUCCACGCCUACGGCAAACGUGCCAGCUCUUGCACCUUCUCCGGCUCCAGCGGCGCCACCAAGGCCAUGAGCGCUCAGGCCUCUUGCGCUACCAUCAUCCUCGACAGCCUUGUUGUCCCUGCUGGCAAGACUCUUGAUCUCAGCAAGCUCAAGGACAACACCAAGGUUAUCUUCAAGGGAACCACCACCUGGGCCUACAAGGAGUGGAAGGGUCCUCUUCUGCAGAUCUCUGGAAACAAGAUCACCGUUGAGGGCUCUGGUGCUAUUCUUAACCCCCAGGGUGAGCUCUACUGGGAUGGUAGCGGUGGAAACAGUGGCAAGACGAAGCCCAAGUUCUUCUCUGCCCACAAGCUCACUGCUUCCAAGAUUAACAACCUUUACGUCAAGAACACUCCCGUUCAGGCUGUUAGCAUCAACGGCGUCAACGGUCUUGAGAUUAACCAGUUUACUCUCGACAACAAGCUCGGUGAUACCAAGGGCGGUCACAACACCGAUGCUUUUGACAUUGGUUCUUCCAAUGGCGUUACCAUCACUGGCGCCAAGGUCUACAACCAGGACGACUGUGUUGCUGUCAACUCUGGAACAAACAUCAUCUUCCAGAACGGCUACUGCCACGGUGGCCACGGUCUCUCCAUCGGCAGUGUCGGUGGUCGCGAUGACAACGUCGUCGACAACGUUCAGUUCCUCAACUCCGAGGUGGCCAACUCCGCCAACGGAAUCCGCGUCAAGGCCUUUAAGAACAAGAGCGGCAAGAUCAACAAGGUCACCUACUCCGACAUCACCCUCACCAAGAUCGCCAAGUACGGUAUCCUCAUCGAGCAGAACUACGACGGCGGCGACCUCCACGGCGAGCCCACCAGCAGCCUCCCCAUCACCGCCCUUACCCUCAAGAACAUCAAGGGCAAGAACAGCAUCGACUCCAAUGGAAAGAAUGCUGCUAUUGUCUGCGGUAGCUCUGGUUGCAAGAACUGGACCUGGUCCAAUGUUCAGGUCUCUGGUGGCAAGAAGUACGACAGCUGCAAGAACGUUCCCGGCGUUGCCUCUUGCUAA